AUGGCCCGCCACAACAGAAUUACCAGUAUAUCAACAAUCCAAGCUUCACUCUAUGAGCUGAGUCAGCACGUCUUGACAGUGCAGCAAAAGAUCCGAGUCCUCAAUCAGGAGGUACAGGAGUUGAAGGAGAACAGAGAACAGGAGAUUGGGACUUCCAAUCUGGACUCUAUCCCCCCAGCUGCCGCCCAUGACGAUAUGGAGGUAGCCGAGCUCGAUGAAAUUGAACUGGAGGGAAUGGAGCUGGAAAACUUGCAGACAGAACCGGUCGAGUUGGAAAACGAUACCGCCACCCAGUUUUACAGAGUGAUGAUGGACGCAAUUAGCGGGCUCUACGAUUGCGUCAGCAGUAUCGACAUUUCCCCAGAGUACGUGUGUUCUGCGCUCGUCAGACCGUACAAUUUACCUACUUGCGAGCGCAUGUUGGAAAGAUGGGAGAACUUUAAACGACACGGGGUGGUCGACAUCAAAUAUUGCUUGUCUGGUAUUCUCUACUGGGGCCAUGAUGAUCAUGAUUCGCCCUUUUCAGGUGAGCGCAUGAUCCCGCCAUGA